AUGACGACCUACAUACCGGCCCUGACGAUCCCCCACGGCGUCUUCGCCAACCCAGCCGCCUCCAUCCUCCUCCCCAUCGGCCUGGGGACGGUGGUUGGAUAUAGUACUCGCCCAAAGGAGACACAAAAGACCUACCAAACGAUCAAGCAGCCCCCCUUCCGCCCACCACCCUACGUCUUCGGCCCAGCAUGGACGAUCCUCUAUGGGCUGAUGGGCUACGCCGCCCACCGCGCCAUCACCGCCGGCCUAAGCCCCCUGACGUCCACGCCGCAGCUGAUCAAGGACACGAAGCACUCCGCGACGCUGUACACCAUCCAGCUCGGCCUCAACCUGGCGUGGAUGCCGCUCUUCUUCGGCCUGAAGCGCCCCAUCGAGGCCACCGUUGACAUCGUCGCUCUGCUGGGGCUCAACGUCUACCUCACCAACCUCUGGUGGCCCAUUGACAGGGUUGCUGCCUACUGCAUGGUGCCGUACCUGGGAUGGCUGAGCUUCGCGACGUAUCUGUGCUCCGGGGCUGGGUACCUGAACGGGUGGAGCUUCAAGGAGAAGGACCUCAAGAAGGAGUGA